AUGUAUGCAGAGGCUCCGCAAGGCUCAGUUCUUGCAGCAACAUUAUUUCGUCUUCAUCUUCAUUUUUGGCCACAAUGCUUCUUUCAAGCAAUAUCACACCUUUUUGCAGAUGAUUUAGCUAUGGUUUUAACUGAAUCCCUCGAGAAGCGUUUUUCACACAAUAUCGAAGAUCCUGAAAAACGGGCUCAAACUGUGUUAAAAGCAUUAGAGAAAUUCUCAGACGAUAAUAUUCUACCUAGAAGGAUGCCUAAACCGAAAACAACAACACAAACGAAACUAAAAGAAUUAGUUAAUAGCACAACACAAAUAAAUGAAUUUGGUAAAAAAAUGUUACAAAAUAAGCCUAAAAUUUAUAUGGAUCAGUCACAUGAAGCUGCACAAAUAUGUUGCCAACAUGCGGGUAGAAAAAGAAUUAAAUUAUGUGACGUUACAUGUGAAUUGAAAGUUCGCGAUGAAGAACCACUACUUGAAUUUGAUUGGGAAAAUAUUGAUGACGAUCAAACUCAUCGUGAAAGUCGUUCAAAUUAUCAGCCAGUACUAACUGUAACUGGGAAUAUGAAACGACACGAUGCAGUUAUGGAUACUGCUUUCUACAUUGGUGUUAAAAGCAAUACCAAAAAAAUAAAUGGUCGUCUACCAAACGCCAUUUGUGAGGACAAAAUCCAAGAGGCUGAAAACGACUAUCGGCAACUAAUAACACCAUUAGAGAAACAAUUAGCGGAUUCUAAACAGCAAUUUCAGCGGCAAAUGGAUCAAUUUAAGCUGCAAAUGGAUCAACUUAAGCUGCAAAUGAAUCAGCUUACGGAGCAGUUCCAAGUUCACGUUGACCCGAUCGAAAAAGAAAUAAAAAAGAUUCAACGUCAGCAUCGAUUAAAAGUGAAAAAAAUAAAACAAGAUAGAAGAAAACAUCGUCAAGAUUAA